UUGCCGACUGCGACCUCACUCUUCCUUAUUCCCCCGCCGUUCGAUUCGCAACCGCUGAUCAAUCCCAUGCCGGUGACCUAGCUACGAGCUGCCAUUUCCUCCCUUCACUUCCGCUUCGCGACGGCUCGCGGCAGCUCGCGAACCGUCUGGCAAGGCGGCUCCCCCAUCAUGGCCCCGGCCAUCAGGCAGCUGGCCACCGGCCUCCUGCUCGCACUAUCAUGGGCACCCACGACGCGCGCCGAUUCAUCUGCCGCCGACUACUAUGUCAAGAGCUUGCCCGGACAGCCGGCAGGGCCUCCUGUCAAGAUGCACGCUGGGCACAUCGAGACGGACGCUGACCACAAUGGCAACCUCUUCUUCUGGCACUUUGAGAACAAGCACAUUGCCCAGAGACAACGCACCGUCAUCUGGCUCAACGGCGGCCCGGGCUGUAGUUCCGAGGACGGCGCCAUGAUGGAGAUCGGCCCCUACCGCGUCAAGGGUGACCAGCUGGUCAACAACAACGGCUCGUGGCACGAGUUUGCCAAUCUGCUCUUCGUCGAUAACCCUGUCGGCACCGGCUUCAGCUACGUUGACACCAACAGCUACCUCCACGAGCUCGACGAGAUGGGUGAUCAGUUCAUCAUCUUCCUGGAGAAGUUCUUCAAGCUGUUCCCGCAAUACGCUCAGGACGAUUUGUACUUUGCGGGCGAAUCGUACGCCGGCCAGCACAUCCCCUACAUUGCGAAGCACAUCCUCGAGAGGAAUGAGAAGGCUGGUCUGGAUGACCAAUGGAACCUCAAGGGACUCGUCAUCGGCAACGGCUGGAUCUCUCCAUUCGAACAGUAUGGCUCUUACCUCAAAUUUGCGUACGAGAAGGGCCUCUUGACGCAGGGAUCCGAAAAGGCCAAGCAGCUGGAACAGCAGUGGAAGAUUUGCCGGAAGCAGAUGGCUGUCGAUAUCAAGAUUGACAUCAGCGAGUGCGAGACGAUCCUUCAGAAGAUUCUCGACGUCACCGCAACCCUCACCACGUCGGGCAAGCGCAACUGUUACAACAUGUACGACGUCCGCCUCAAGGACACGUACCCUUCCUGCGGCAUGAACUGGCCCCCCGACCUGACAGAUGUUACCCCUUACCUCCGACGCAAGGAUGUCACCGAGGCCCUGCACAUCAACGCCGCCAAGAACACUGGCUGGAAGGAGUGCAACGGUGCCGUCGGCUCCGCCUUCCGCGCGCACAAGUCCAAGCCCUCCCGCGACCUGCUGCCCGACCUCUUGAAGAAAGGUUCCCAUCACGCUGUUCUCUGGCGCCGAAGACCUCAUCUGCAACCAUCUCGGCACUGA